AUGAGGACUUAUCAUUGCCUACCACUAUUCAUCUGGACCUAUAUGCUUCAUACAAUUGAUGCUAUCCCAUUUCAAGAAAAAGCUAACAGUGAUUUACCAAGUGAAAGGAUAGUGGGUCUGACACAAGAUGAUGGUAAAAUGCUACAUCGCACCAAACGUGGCUGGAUGUGGAAUCAGUUCUUCUUGUUGGAAGAGUACACAGGUACAGACACCCAAUACGUAGGCAAGCUACACACUGACCAAGAUAAAGGAGAUGGAAAUUUAAAAUACAUAUUAACAGGAGAUGGGGCUGGCAGUCUGUUCGUAAUAGAUGAAAACACAGGAGAUAUUCAUGCGGCAAAGAAAUUAGACAGAGAAGAAAAGUCCCUGUACAUUCUUCGUGCCAAGGCUAUAGACAGAAAGACUGGGCGGCAGGUGGAGCCUGAAUCUGAAUUUAUCAUUAAAAUCCAUGAUAUCAAUGACAAUGAACCAAAAUUCACAAAAGACUUGUACACUGCCAGCGUUCCUGAAAUGUCUGGAGUCGGUACAUCUGUUAUACAAGUGACUGCAACAGAUGCAGAUGACGCCAACUAUGGAAAUAGUGCCAAAGUGGUUUAUAGCAUAUUGCAAGGACAGCCAUAUUUUUCAGUGGACCCAGAAUCAGGCAUAAUAAAAACUGCAUUACCAGACAUGAGCAGAGAAAAUAGAGAGCAGUACCAAGUGGUUAUACAAGCCAAAGACAUGGGCGGCCAGAUGGGAGGGCUUUCUGGAACCACUACAGUGAACAUCACUCUGACAGACGUCAACAACAAUCCUCCUCGAUUUCCCCAGAGUACGUAUCAGUUUCAUUCUCCUGAGUCUGCACCUCUUGGAACUCAUCUUGGGAGGAUAAAAGCCAAUGACCCUGAUGUGGGGGAAAAUGCUGAGAUGGAAUACAGCAUUGUUGAAGGAGAUGGAGCAGACAUGUUCGAUGUCAUCACUGACAAGGAUACACAGGAAGGGAUUAUAACUGUCAAACAGAAUUUAGAUUAUGAAAACAAAAUGCUGUACACUUUAAAAGUAGAUGCAAGUAACACUCACCCUGAUCCACGAUUCCUACACUUGGGACCUUUCAAAGACACAGCUGUGGUCAAAAUAUCUGUGGAAGAUAUAGAUGAGCCUCCUGUGUUCAGUAAAAUUUUUUAUGUGAUAGAAGUAGAUGAAGAUGUAAAGGAAGGCAGCAUCAUUGGACAGGUUACAGCAUAUGACCCAGAUGCCAUGAACAAUUUAAUAAAAUACUCUGUUGAUCGGCAUACUGAUAUGGACAGGAUUUUCAGUAUUCACUCAGAAAAUGGCUCUAUUUUCACUUUGAAACCUCUGGACCGGGAAUCAACUCCUUGGCACAACAUCACUAUUACAGCCACAGAAAUAAAUAACUCAAAACAAAGUAGCCACAUUCCUGUCUUCAUCAGGAUUCUAGAUAUAAAUGACCAUGCUCCGGAAUUUGCCAUGUACUAUGAAACAUUUGUUUGUGAAAAUGCAAAACCUGGGCAGUUAAUUCAGACUGUCAGUGUCAUGGACAAAGAUGAUCCUCCCCGAGGUCACAAAUUCUUCUUUGAACCAGUGCCAGAAUUUCCCCUCAAUCCAAACUUCACCAUUGUAGAUAAUAAAGAUAAUACAGCAGGAAUCAUGACUCGAAAAGAUGGGUAUAGCCGCAACAAAAUGAGCACGUAUCUGCUGCCAAUUUUAAUCUUUGAUAAUGAUUAUCCAAUUCAAAGCAGCACUGGCACACUCACCAUUCGUGUGUGUGCCUGUGAUAAUCAAGGAAACAUGCAGUCCUGCAAUGCUGAGGCCUUGGUCCUCUCUGCUGGCCUGAGCACGGGAGCUCUCAUCGCCAUCCUUCUCUGUGUCGUCAUACUACUUGUUUUAGUUGUGCUGUUUGCUGCAUUGAAGAGGCAAAGAAAAAAGGAACCUCUGAUAAUUUCAAAAGAUGAUGUCCGGGACAACAUCGUGACCUAUAAUGAUGAAGGCGGUGGGGAAGAAGAUACCCAAGCUUUUGACAUUGGCACAUUAAGGAAUCCAGAAGCAAGAGAAGAUAGUAAACUUAGAAGGGAUGUAAUGCCUGAAACAAUUUUUCAGAUAAGGAGGACAGUACCUCUGUGGGAAAAUAUUGAUGUACAAGAUUUCAUCCAUCGAAGAUUAAAAGAAAAUGACUCAGACCCAAGUGCACCUCCUUAUGAUUCACUGGCAACAUAUGCCUAUGAAGGGAAUGAUUCAAUAGCAGAUUCACUCAGUUCUUUGGAAUCUCCCACAGCAGAUUGUAACCAAGAUUAUGAUUACCUCAGUGACUGGGGGCCUCGUUUUAAAAAACUCGCUGAUAUGUAUGGGGGUGACGAUAGUGACCGAGAUUAA